GCACGAUUGUUUUUUGUUCCUUAUUUUUCCCACUUAUUAUUAUUAUUUUUUUUUUGGAGAACACGUUGCUACUGAUUUGGUUAACUCCUUUGCCAAGGAAUUGAUUGUGUGUGUGAGAGAGAGAGAGGUGGCGAUGGUGUCGUACAAGAGCUUGAUCUAUGGCGUCGGCGGAAUAGCGGUGGCCGGAAUGGCAUUGCUGGUAGCCUUUCAGGAAAAGUUAGUUUACGUCCCCGUCUUGCCUGGUCUCACCAAGUCCUAUCCAAUCACCCCCGAUCGUCUCCGCCUCAUUUUCGAAGACGUAUGGCUUACUUCUUCCGAUGGUGUCCGCCUUCACUCGUGGUUCAUCAAGUUCUCUCCCAAUUCCACAGGCCCAACUAUUCUGUUCUUCCAAGAAAACGCUGGUAACAUUGCACAUCGUCUUGAAAUGGUGCGCAUCAUGUUACAAAACCUACACUGCAAUGUUUUCAUGCUUUCUUACAGAGGGUAUGGUGCUAGUGAUGGUUAUCCUUCUCAAGAAGGAAUCACCAGGGAUGCACAGGCUGCUUUAGAUCACCUGAGUCAAAGAACAGACAUAGACACUACUCAAAUAGUAGUAUUUGGAAGGUCUCUUGGUGGGGCAGUUGGUGCUGUGGUCACCAAAAAUAAUCCAGAUAAGGUCUCCUUGGAACACUAUAGAUGUAAUUGGACAGAUAAAACAGCCGAUUUUGUUUCUUUCUGGGCUACAAGAUGAGAUGAUUCCUCCAUCUCACAUGGAGAUGUUAUAUGCAAAAGCAGCGUUACAUAACAAAAGAUGUAUUUUUGUGGAUUUCCCUAAUGGCAAACAUAUGGACACGUGGCUGGUUGGUGGUGAUGAGUAUUGGGAAGCUGUUCAGACAUUUUUACAGGAAAAUGUGUUGGAGGAUGGAAAUGUGGUCAAAAGCUCUUUGUGAUCUGCCAUGCCUUCUUCCUGCACAAAUCUGAAAAUACAUUGGGAUUUUUUGAGCUCAUGAAAAGGGUCCAGAUUUUUUAUUCAUAUUUGUGUGUUUUUGUUUGUAGAAUUGCAAAUAUUAUAUGAUAUUUAAGAAAAUAGAUGCAGCUUUAUAGAGUUUUACUGUAUCAAGUCAUUAACCACCAGUAGAAUCGAAUCAUUAGAAACCGGCU